AUGCCACUGAGACUCAUCGACGAUGAAGACCGCAAUGGCUACAGAAUUGAAGCGCUGGCAAUCGUGGUGUCAGGAAUAGCUUACGGCAUUGUCCUCAUGCUAUUUUUCAACACAUUCUGGCUUGUCGUUAGGACCAAGGAGCAACGAAUGAGGACAUAUAUGUUGGCCUACACAUGCGUCAUGGUGGCACUCAGCACUGGAGCAAUGAUCCAAGAGGUCAUAUACUUGAUGCGAGACGUUCUGUCGACAAGUGCGGAGCGAGGAGAUGCUCAGUCGUUAAUGGUAGUGUUGGCAUCCUUGAAAGGUAUUCCACUUACGCUUCCAUUCACCAUGUGGGGUGCUGAUGGCGUAUUGAUAUGGAGAUGUAUAAUUCUCUACAGGGGAAUCUCUUCAACUUCCAAAUACAUAUUAUACGGAACGCUAGCAAUUAUAUCGCUGGCUACAAUUGGUGGUGACAUCAUAAUUCUUUCCCCUCUGCAUCUCGGCAAAAUAAGCAGAGGAACAGGCGUAUCCAUCAUUGCAAUGUCAACAGUUCUCUGCAACAGUGUUCUAUCCGGACUCGUUGCAUUACGAAUAAUUCACUACGAUCGAGCUUUGAGACAGACUGGAAUGGCCAAUCACGAGUCUCUUAAUUCGAAUUACAACCGAAUUGUCACUAUAUGCGUGGAAUCUUCCAUCCUGAUUGUCCUUGUGGGCACGAUUUUUAUCAGUUGCCCAAGGCAGGGCAUAUUCUUCAAUCAAUUCGGUUAG